UCUUUUUAUCGAAACCCAUUCGGCACCCGAAGUCAGAAAUUUCUGUGUUUCUCUGUUUCCGCCGCUCGCCGAACCUGAAAAGUCGGAGCUAUAGUUUUUCCUCCUCGGAAAUUAGGGUUUGCUUUCUUCUGUCUCUAGGAUUCUCGAAGUGUCCUGUUGGAAAUCCUUCGGCGGCUCGUGAUACGCGCUUUUUAUUCGGUAGGAACUUCGAUUGGUUUUGGAUCGCGGAGGGAGGUGAAAAUUCAAGGUUAGAUUGGUUAUUACUGCGAGGUUUCGUAUAUUUUGGUUUAAUUUGAGUUGAACAAGGAGUUGAGGAAGGGAAAGGGGUUGAUCACACUGGGUUACAAUGGGUUAUUUCAACUCGGCUCUGGCCAAUUCUAGCGGAGUUAACACGUUUGAUUCGCCCGUGUGUGGCGGAGGGCUCAGUCAUAAUGGAAAGUUUAGUUAUGGGUAUGCGAGCUCUGUUGGAAAGAGGUCUGCUAUGGAAGAUUUCUAUGAAACCAGAAUUGAUGGGGUUGACGGUGAGAUUGUUGGUCUUUUCGGAGUUUUUGACGGUCAUGGUGGUGUCCGAGCAGCAGAGUAUGUGAAACAACACCUCUUCAGCAAUUUGAUCAACCACCCAAAGUUUAUCAGCGAUACCAAGUCAGCCAUAGCUGAUGCCUACAACCACACAGACUCUGAGUUCUUAAGAUCUGAAAGUAAUCAGAGCCGAGAUGCUGGAUCAACAGCUUCAACUGCUAUCCUCGUUGGUGAUCGUCUCCUUGUAGCCAAUGUUGGAGAUUCUAGGGCUGUCAUUUGUCGGGGAGGAAAUGCCAUUGCCGUUUCAAGAGAUCACAAGCCUGAUCAAACAGAUGAGAGGCAAAGGAUUGAGGAUGCUGGAGGUUUUGUUAUGUGGGCGGGCACAUGGCGUGUUGGUGGUGUCUUGGCUGUUUCCCGUGCAUUUGGUGAUCGUCUCUUGAAGCAGUAUGUGGUUGCAGAUCCUGAAAUUCAGGAAGAGGUGGUUGAUGGAUCUCUAGAAUUCCUCAUCCUUGCCAGUGAUGGACUGUGGGAUGUAGUCUCCAAUGAGGAGGCUGUAGCCAUGGUCAAACCCAUCGAUAAUCCAGAACAAGCUGCCAAGAGCCUGCUGCAAGAAGCUUCUCAGAGGGGAAGCGCCGACAAUAUAACCUGUGUUGUCGUUCGGUUUCUCGGUUCCAGUAGCAAUGUGGAAGAGCAGUGAUGGUAAUAGACAACUUCCUUCUACUUGCGACUAAUACGUACAAGGAGUUGAAAGUUGGCUUAAAAUUUACUCCUAAAGCUUUUCUCUGGUAAAUCAGAGGGCAUCAGAGGAGAGGAGGGUAUAUUUUGCAGAUUUCAGCGAGUCAGUACUGCAAGCAGUGAAGAGCAAUUGUUUUUCUUUAAUUUGCUUCUUUUCUCAACCACAUGCGGUGAAUUGUGGAGGUAAAAGUGAUUCGAAAUCUCUUGUUGCCGACUCUCAGCUUGUACUGAAUUUGUUUCUAAAUAGUCUCCAGUUUGAUGUCGAAAUACUUAUGAAAAUUAUUUGGUGAUUUAUUAUGUUGAUUUUCUUAUUGCAUUA